AAUUUUGCGAACCGGUGCAGUGCGCGGACACCUAUCGUAUCGGUAGCACGCCGUCACGCGAUCGUGUCGACAUAUCGAACUAAGAACUAUCGAUAUAUCGAGUGCAGUUGUAAAGUGAUGUGCCAAUAAAUUUUAUUUGGACUAACAUUUUCUAUAAGAUUAAGCUUUCAAAAUGGGGCACGGCGAGAAAAAAGGGACUAUAAUUUUGGAUAAUUUCAACUCUACAGCUAACUUAGCAUCGAACCCGGGCUUCCAGUCUACACUUAGCCUCGGCUCCAAAGAUGUCAUCAAUGAAAAAGAGUACAAUCCCUUCGAGCACCGAAGAGUGGAACACCCUAACUCAACAAUCGGCUCCUUGGUGCACUUACUGAAGUCCUCGCUAGGCUCUGGUAUCCUGGCUAUGCCCGCCGCUUUCAAAAACGCUGGACUGGCGGUCGGCGCCUUUGGAACCCUCAUAGUAGGGUUCAUUUGUACGCAUUGUGUUUAUGUGCUGGUGAAAACGUCACAGCAGGUGUGUGUGGAGGCGAAAAAGCCCUCAAUGGGAUUUGCGGAGACUUGCGGCGCCGCUUUUGAGUACGGACCGCAGAGAUUACGGCCGUGGGCUAACUUCGCCAGAACGUUCAUAGAUUACGCAUUAACGUGUACGUAUCUGGCAGCGCUCUGUGUUUACGUCGUGUUUAUCGCAGAGAACUUUAAAGAGGUGCUCGACGAAUACUAUCCCAACUACAAACUAUCUGUCGAGGCUUACUGUGCUCUGACGCUGGUGCCUCUGGUCCUCAUCUGUCAGAUACGGAACCUUAAGUGGCUGGUCCCGUUCUCAGCGAUAGCCAACGUGUUCCUGGUGAUUUGCUUCGCCAUAACCAUGUACUACAUCUUCCACGACCUGCCCAACCCUGCUGAACGGGAGAUGGUAGCUAGCGUCACCCAAUGGCCUUUGUUUAUCAGUACAGUAAUCUUCGCAAUGGAAGGUAUAGGUGUCGUCAUGCCAGUCGAGAAUGAGAUGGCGAAACCGGAGCAGUUCCUGGGCUGUCCCGGAGUACUCAACGUCGCCAUGACCAUAGUGAUCUCACUGUACGGCCUCGUGGGAUUCUUUGGAUACAUCAAGUACGGCGAUGCGGUCCGAGGCAGUGUGACUUUGAAUCUCCCUCAAGAUGAACUACUAGCGCAAAGUGCGAAGAUCUUGAUGGCCCUCGCGAUCCUGUUCACGUACAGCCUCCAGUUCUACGUGCCCAUGGAAAUGAUCUGGAGACAGAUCCAGCACAAGAUCGCUGUCAAGUACCACAACAUUACGCAGAUCAGCAUCAGAACUGUCAUUGUCGUUGGAUCAGUGGCCCUCGCAGCUGCAUUCCCUGAUCUGGAACUCUUCAUCAACCUCUGCGGUGCCAUCUUCCUCUCAAGCCUUGGUCUCCUGACUCCAGCCAUCGUUGACACGGUCCACAACUGGGACAGAGGCUUGGGAACCUUCAACUGGAUCCUAUGGAAAAACAUCUUAAUAUCCAUGUUAUCAUUCAUUGCUUUGUUCGCUGGUUCAUAUGUAUCUAUACUGAGUAUGGUAGACAAAUAUAACUCACCACCCGUUUUAGAAAUGGUUGGAAAUGUUACCGUUUUGAGCACGUAAUAGCAUACUGCAGGUGUUACGUGAUUAUAUGAUAUGGGGCGUAAUUGUACAAAAUCUGCAAGAUUAAUGAUUUCAGACCCAUAAUAAAAGCAAAUUGGAAAAAUUGUAUCGUAAUGUAGUGAAGGUUUCGUCUCAUCCCUCGUUAUUAUUAUUCGGUUGGAUAUUUCACCACAGUUGGAUAUAAAGUAACAGGUUACGCCUCUGUUCAUGAUGUACAAUUGUUUAUCGUUGCGUAGUAAAGUAUUUUGUAAUACGCAAUAGAGUUUAUUAACAAUUAAUAUUUGCCAGGCGCUUGGUUACACCUGCACCUGUAGUUAGGCAUGCACUAACUAAUGAUAGAUAGGUAUGGUUUAAGACGAGACAAAACAAUACAUAAAAGAUGAAGACAAUGUAGGAUAAAAGCCAAUGUCUGAAAAAAUUACGUAAUAUAGGUAAGUAAUAUCUACUAAUACACGAGUAUUAGUAGAUAUUAUCUACUAUCACAUGUACGUACAUAUACGAUAAAUCAAUACAAUCCAAAACACUAACUUAGAUGGUAAAGUGUUAAGCAACACUUUAUUCACCUGGCUUCCUUACUUAGAAUGAAUAACAAUUGCAGUGCUCUGCGUAUUUACUAUGAUAACUAGCCAAGGACAAGGUCUACCGCUAGACCAGACCUGAGCCAAUGUAGAAGUUAUAAAAUCCUCAAUUGACUUGAAGCAAUGCUGCAAUGCAUACGCAAUUACUGAUCAACAUAGAUUAUGUAUAAUUAUUUCAAAGUACAAAAAUAUGAAAGCUAGUAACUUUUAAAAUAUGCAAUUAUUUAAUAAUACCUAUCUGUAUUUUUAAGAAAAUGAAUUCUGUAAGAAAAUGGGCCAAGUAUCGUUUAAAAGUACACUUAAAAAUUAGAAGUCUAAUAUACCAAGCAGUGAUCAAGUUACUAAACAGUCUAGAAGACUAUAAAACUUCGAAUAAAAUUUUAUGUAUUUUAAGACGUAAGUAUGAUUAUUAUAGACUUUAUCUAGGUUCUUAUAACUUUAAUAUCUUUUAUCUUUUACGUAUUUUACUACUAAAAUUAUAAUUUCAUUUGGGUCGCAAACACAGUUACUUUGGUAGAUAUAAGUCAAGAUGCUUGUAAUAAAAUAUUAUAUACAGGUUAUAAAUACAAUAUUUCAUUACGAUAUAUGAAAAAAUUAAAAAUAGAAAUGAUUAAAUGUAUCGUGUAGAAUCAAAAUAAAUUACAAGUGUAAUUAAAUGAAAUAGUAAUAAAACAUAUAUAUACAAUUAUACAGGAUGUAUUAAAAAUAUUAAAUGAACUUUAUAAUAUCUGGUUACAGAGUAUGAACCAGUAAGCUGACUAUUGCUAGGUCAAUUGAUUGCUAGUACAACUUGGAGAUUGUAAUUAUUGUAACAUUUUAGUAGUGUUCUUGUAAGUUGUAUAUUAACUUUCGCUUGCAAUCAAUACAUAAAGUGAAGCUUUUUUUGAAGUAUAAUUGACCUUUUAUAAUCGAAUCACUAUGUAUAUGACUUUAAGAAAUUUUAACUUUCAGGAGACGGAAAUGCAGGUAAUUUGUACGAAAGUGUGCUUGCAAUUCAUGACAAUUUUAAUUAACAACUAUUGAGCAAUUAAAAUAAUAACGCGUAUUAGGGAACUGAACCAUUAAAAAAUGACCUAUUUUUUAUAUUUUUUUAUUGGAAAUUCGACCAAAUAAAAAAAUCCUUAUUCCCAUGAUUUCAUGAACCAUCGCACUAUUGUUAUGACAUAAUAUAAAUUAUACGUAAUAAAAAACCACCCCUUUAUAUUUUAGUUCUACGAAAUAGAAUCAAUUUAAAGAGCCCACACUAAAUAAAUAAUAGAUCAGUAAAAAUUCCUUUGUGUUUUCUAGAGAGAUGAAAGAAUUUUGUAAUAUCCAUUUUGUCUCCAACAUUUAUCUUUUAGUAGACAGUUUUCACAGACAUUUUUUGUAUUACCUCUUAAAGUUUAUGUUAGCCUAUUUGUAUUGUAAAUUAUUAUUACGAAUUGUGUGAUGACAGUGUGAUGGAUGUCUUCAUUUAAAAGCUCAGGAGUUCAAUCCCGAGCUUUUAAACGACGCGUGCUAAUGUAUUAAAGCAAUUUAAUAUCACUUGAUUAUACACUUAAAAAACUUGAUUAUACAAUAAAAAUAUCGUGAGAAUUUCUAAAAAUAUUCUCAAUUCUAUAAAUUCAUAUUAGAGAGCAUGGUACAGAACGUUUUUUAUGUAAUUUUUAUUAUAAUUUAUUAACAUUAUAUUACCCUUGUUCUGCAUUACCUACCUACCUUACGCUUACCCUUACCCUUGGAUGACAUCAGGGAAUCGCUGGAUGCUGACUGCUCGAGACCGUGUUGUUUGGAAGUCCAUGCAGAGGCCUAUGUCUAAUGGACGUCCAUCGGCUGAUAAUGACGAUGACCCAAAUUAACUCUAAAAUUGACAAACGUUAUCUUACAACUGACAUGGGCUUUGUUUAUUUAUUUUAGCAACUAUACAAAAUUUGUAAAUAUAACAUGGGCUUGAUUGACAACAUUUUUAAAUAUUUUUACAGUAGCCAUAAUACGUGAAGAUUUCAAUCUCUAUCUAAUAGAUUAAGUUUCUUCUUUGUAGCUUUAUUAAUUUUAUCCAUUUUCUAACAAGUAAAAUAUUAUAUUAUGACCGUCAUUAGAAACGGUAUUAGCAUGACAAAAGAAACAUAUAAAGGAAGAAAACUAGGGCGGGAAAUCGUUGCGUAAUUCCGCAAACAAUGUGUCAUUAAACGAAUGCUAUUAUCUAAACGUCAUAAUAUCGGUCCGAAAAUUUCGCCACUACGUAAUAUUUGUCGCAUGCUCGUAUUUUUUACAAUAGCUCGCAUUUUAGAAAAUGUAAGGAUUGCAGUGAUAUUUCAGUACAAAUUUUUCACGAAAUUUCGUAUGCGAAUUUUCCCGCUAAUCAUAAAAUAUCACAUUAUGAAAAAAUAUUCGUUUAAUUCCUCAUAUCAUUCCUAAUAAUAUUAUAAUAAAUAGUAAAAUUACCUGCAAUGUGAUAAGCAAUGUACCUAUUAAAGUUUUCGAGAAAUAUAAAAUUUAUAUGAAUUUAUUACAUCAUAUUUAUCUACAAACUUUUUUUAUUAAUUUAGCAUAAAAUUUUUAGUUUAAUUUAACGUUAAUUAUGUUAAGUCAAAAUUGUGAUAUUUAUUUUGUAAUAAAACAUUGCAAAUAGUGAUGACAAUAAAUAUUUUUAAUGAAACUGA